AUGCUUGACAUGCAAUGCUCAAAUAAUGAAUCUACACAAGAUCUUAACGUUAAUAUACAGCCUUCCAUUCCUUCAUCAAUUGAAUUUGAUAAACGUAAUAUAGUUGAUUGUGGAAAUGAUAUUGUUCCCAAUGAUUCCCUUGAAGAUGAAGUAGCACAGAGUUCAGAAUCAGACUUAGAUGAUAACUUUCUGAUAGACAUAUCUUCGAACAAUUUUAAAGCGCUUUCUCAUAAUUCUUCGAUGGCUGAAAAACUACGUUUCAUGUCAAAUCAUCCCAUACAGCCACAAAAUUGGUUAUCAUUUGAUGGGAAAAAUGAAAAGCUUUUUUGUGCCGUGUGUUUAGCCUUUUCAGUAAAUAAAGAAUCCAUUUUUGUACAAGAUGUACAAGUAAGCGCUAAAAAUAUUUAUAAACAAAUUAAAGUACAUGAAAAUUCUAAAACACACGAUGAAGCUGUUUACGCUUAUAUGCAAGCAAAAAAAGUUAAAGACGUUUCGUCUCUUAUUGAUAUAAAUCAACGAAAUUGUCGAGUAAUUCAAGUUCAAGAACAUAGACUUUUCCUGUCAAGAAUAAUUGAAGGAAUUAUUUAUAUUGGCAGACAAGGUAUUGCUUAUAGAGCUCAUAAAGGAGAACAAGCAUACACAUUAGACGAUAAAAGUAUGAACCACGGAAACUUUUUGGAGUUAUUGAUGUGUUGGUCUAAAUUUGACCCAAUUCUUGAAAAGUAUCUUAAUAUUGCGAUUGAAAAAAGUAAAAACCGUUCAACUUUAAGUGGAGGACGUGGACGUGGAUCACUUGUUACAUUUCUUUCAAAAACUACGAUUAAUAAAAUAAUCAAUUUAAUUUCACAGUGGAUACAAGAGGAAAUUGGAAAAGAAGUAAAAAAAGUAAAAUUUUAUAGUUUACUCAUGGAUUCUACCCAGGAUGUAAGUGUAACCGAUCAAUUGGCUGUAUGUGUCCGUUAUGUGAUUCAAACUGAAGUAAAAGAACGGUUAAUUAAAUUUUUACCAGUACAAUUAUCAAAGGCAAUCGAUUUAUAUAACUUAAUUAAAAAUAUUUUAGAAGAUAUUGGGUUAUCUCUGUCUAAUAUUGUAAGUCAGGCGUACGAUGGCGCUGCGAAUUUAAGUGGUAUUCACAAUGGUUUACAAGCUCUCAUUAAAAAAGAUGCACCUCAAUCUAUUCACAUACAUUGCUUUAGUCAUCUUUUAAAUCUUACACUUACACAAGCUUCUGCUUCGUGUUCAGAAGCUAUAAAUCUUUUUGGAUUACUAGAUCGUUUGGCUGUAUUUUUUAGUCAAUCAUAUAAAAGAAUGGGAAUGUGGAAACAAAAUGUUAUUAAAAAUUCUGUUGGAAGUGAAAAAAUGUUACGCCUUCAAAAAAUAGGACAAACUAGGUGGUGGAGCAGAGAUGUUGCGUUAAAUAACAUAUUUGAUCCAUUAUUCACACCAACUAAAGAAAAACAUAGAUUUAUAACAGUGAUCAAAGCAUUACUAGCUGUUGCAAAUGUUAAAGAUUUUGAUUUUGGUGCAAAAUCAGAAGCUCUGAAUAUUAUAAACAACUUACUGAAGUUUGAAACUAUAUUAACAGCAAAGCGUUUUAAAAAGAAAAUUUCAGGUGAAUUGACAGAAGACGAAAGACUAGUUGAUGAAAAGAAAUUGUUUGAAGUUGAAGUUUAUAAAGUUGUUUAUAACAACGCUCUCGCUAAAUUAAGCAAUAGGUAUAUGAUCAACGAGGAUCUAAUUCAAGAUGCUGCAUUUUUUGAUCCGAGAACAUUUUCAAAAUUAAAAUCUCCCGGAUUCAUGUUCCCAGAAUGA